UGUUUUGGUGUGACUGUUGCGGUAUGUGUGGAUUUCCAUAAUUUUCUCAGACAAUAAGGAUAUAACGUUGGAGGCUCAUGUUUUGUUUGGACACUGCUACACGUAAAGGUACUCCUUGUUGCGCGGUAUAACCGAAUUAUACAGAACACCCCAGCGUCGGUGCAACAGUGCUGCAUCAGUUUAAGAUAUUGUGUCCGUCAAGACCCUGGCGAAAUUGGGUGACGAAAGGUACUUCCAGCAUGGACAAUGUCUUCAUUCCAUUCUCAGCACCAGGUCUUCCUCAAGGGUCAAAACUUUCAACAUACUUAACAAGUCGCGUCUCGGAGCCAGCAGAGGUGAGCAGCGUUAUGGCCGGGCUCAGCCUGGCCUCCGGCUCUUCACCGGCGGGCAAGGCGGGCGGGGCGCGCGCGCUGGCGGCGCGCGCCUUCACGCCCGAAGCCGUCGCCAAUGGCUCACCGCCGGACGCCGCCGGCGCCACUCUGGACGAGUCCUCGUCCGACCCCACGCCGCUGUUUGAGGAGAACGUGGGCGGCACGACCUACUACUUCACGGCUGAGGACGCGGCCGCCCAGAAGUCGGCCGAGCCGCCGACGGUGACGCCGCCGUACACGGCAUACGUGGCCACGCCGCCGCGCGUCGCCGACGCCAAGAGCGCCGCAGCCGCCGCCACCCACCCGGCCAGCUUCUUCGUCAGCGACGAGCUGCGCGAGCUGAUCCUGCGCCAGCAGAACCUGCUGCUCAUGCACCCCAACCCGCAAGCGUACCCGGAUCUGCCGAACGAGGUGGACAACUAUCACGAGCUGUGUCCCCUGGAGGCGCCUGGCCAGCCCCACAAGUCCACCGCGUUCGGCUACAUCACCACCUGUUACAAGGCCACCAACAUGAAGAGCGGACAGUGCUACUGCCUGCGACGGAUACAUGGGCUGCGGCUGGCCGGCACCAAGUGUCUGCAGCUGGUCGCGCUCUGGAGCAAAUUACAACAUGCUGGUCUGGUCACAUUGCGUGAGCUCUUCACCACCAAGAGCUUCGGCGACAAUUCCGUGGUAAUGGUGUACGACUUCCUGCCGAGCGCCGAGACAUUGAUGGCGCGCCACUUCAGCCAGCCGCCGCAGCUGAACGGGUUCCUGGACCCGUUCCAGGACCCGAGCAUACCGCGGCCGUACAGUGCCCAGAAGAACGCCGUCCUCCGCCAACAGAGCUCGCUGAUGCCCGAGUCGCUGAUCUGGAGCUACGUCAUCCAGCUGACGGGCGCGCUGCGGCUGGUGCACGGCAGCGGGCUGGCCUGUCGCGUGCUCGACCCCACCAAGGUCCUCGUCACCGGUCAGGAUCGUGUGCACGUGAAUUGUUGCGGCGUACUGGACGUGCUCAUGUUCGACAACAAUGCGUCCAACCCGCUGGCAAUGGUGCCUCACUACCAGCAGGAGGAUCUGGUGGGCCUGGGGAAGCUGCUGCUGGCGCUCUCCUGCAACUCUGUGCUGGCCGUGCAGCGGGAGAACUUCAACACCAGCAUCAGCAUAGUCGAGCGUCACUACUCGGCCGACCUCAAGGCACUCAUCAUGAGUCUGCUGCUGUCGCCGUCGGCGGGCCGCCAGCGCAGCAUCGAGGACGUGAUGCCGAUGAUUGGCGCCCGGUUCUACACGCAGCUGGACUCGGCCCACUUGCUGGCGGAGCGGCUUGAGGACGAGCUGGCCAAGGAGGUGCAGAACGGCCGCCUCUUCCGGCUGCUGGCCAAGCUGUCCGCUAUCACCGAGCGGCCCGAGCUGAACCUGGAGGGCGCCUGGGCGGAGACGGGCGACCGCUACAUGCUGAAGCUGUUCCGGGACUACGUGUUCCACGCGGUGACGGACGACGGCCGCCCGUUCAUGGACAUGGCUCAUGUGGUCCAGUGUCUGAACAAGCUGGACGCUGGCUCCUCUGACAAGAUCUGCCUCAUGUCGCGCGACAUGCAGAACGUGCUGGUGGCCACGUUCGCCGAGCUGAAGCAGUGUUUCCAGCGCUCCUUCCACGAGAUCUUCGAGUCGACCAUGGCCAAGGAGUCUGGUGGCUCCUAGUCGCGCGAGUACCCCGGCGGGCUGCCUCUCUGCGCGCUCGGCGUGGGUGCUCCGCCGGUCCGUGGUAUGGCCAUGGUCCCGGCCCGUCUGGGUUCGCCGCCGGCGAAGGUGCCGUGCUGGGCUCACUGGUGUGGUUCUUGGUCACAUGUGAGGCGCAGACUUGUGCUGGGACGGCCGGAGAUGACGUGCUGAGGUCUGCAGGGGCCACAGGCAUCUUGCUGGGUCACAGUGAAGACUGUGCUGGUCAAGGGCAUCGUGCUGGGUCACUGGGGUCCAGGUUUAGUGACCUACCGUGACCCACAAGAUGGUCCGUUGACCCGCUGUGUCGGAACGCCAGCAGGCCCUGUCGCGCGCGGCUGUGUUGGCGGGGCUAGCGGCCCUGCGCCGGUCCGUGCUGUACAGAUUCUCCGGUUGUCCGCCAGAUGUCAGGCCGGUAGCACGUCCGUUGCGGGACGGCUCACGUCAGGCGCGCGGAGAAGGGCGCCAGGCCCGUCCGUCCCGCCCUGCUGGCUGUGUGGCGUCGC